UCUUUCUUCUGCUCUAAGCUGACCCAUAUCCUAAGCUAAGAGAAAGAGAUUCACACCAACAAUAAUGGCAAACAUCCAUGAUCAUUGCUUCUCUGUUGCUUUUGGCCUUCUUGGAAAUAUUUUUUCGUUCCUUGUUUAUCUUGCCCCAUUGCCAACUUUCUACAGGAUUUUCAAGAAGAAAUCAACAGAAGGUUUUCAAUCCAUACCAUAUUCAGUUGCACUUUUCAGUUGCAUGUUGUUGCUCUACUACGCCUUCCUCAAGAAACAUGAUGCAGUCAUGCUCAUCACCAUUAACUCAAUUGGCUGCUGCAUUGAAUCCAUAUAUCUUUGCUUCUACAUGGUUUAUGCAACCAAAAGCGCCAGGAUAUACACGACAAAGCUGCUCAUAUUUUUCAACAUUGGGGCAUCAGGAUUAAUCAUACUUGUAACAUUAUUAUUUUCAAAGGGCUCUCAUCGAAUUUCCAUCGUGGGGUGGAUUUGUGCAGUCUUCUCAGUCUGUGUCUUUGCUGCUCCACUUAGCAUCAUUAGGCUCGUUAUAAGAACGAAGAGUGUCGAAUACAUGCCAUUCUCAUUGUCAUUCUUCUUGACUCUCUGUGCUGUGACGUGGUUCCUGUAUGGUUUUUCCUUGAGAGAUUACUACAUAGCAACGCCAAACAUCCUGGGAUUUAGCUUUGGGAUGACUCAGAUGAUACUAUAUCUCCUAUAUCGUGGGGGAAGAAAAGAAAUAAUCUUGACAGAGAGCAAGUCACAAGAGCAAUUAGGCAAUGGUAGCCAAAUGAUCAGCACAGUAAAUGAGACUCAAGAAGCUGCUAUGAAUAAUGGAGUUGGAGGGAUGAUGAUUAGCAACUCCCAGAUUGUCCCAAGUGAAUUUAACGUGUGAACCUCAAGGUAAAAGAGCAAUUGACAAUUUCUUGUAGCCUCUCCUGCUGGACAGAAAAAACUGAAAUGUCGCCUUUCUUAAUACUAGUUCAAGU